GCGCCGAUACACCGGAAAACAUCAAGAAAAGUUACAAAAAUGCCGAAUAUUUCCCCGACCAGCGAGCGAUAUAAGGGAGGCAACUCUUGUUUAUCGAGCGCUAACAUUUUAUGAUCAAUAAGGAUCGAAAUAGCCGCAACGUGGAGAGUUCGGUUAUUGUGGAAACGAAACGUGAAGAUCUUAACAACGCAAAACCGUCAUUUCUUCUUUCUUGAGACGCUAACAGAGAUCAGUCAGCCGGAAAUCAGAACAUAAACAUUGAUGCACAGUAACUGGUCUGACGCAGCGAUCCGAUAACGACGCUAAAUUUGAUAACAGGAUCAAUGUCGUCUGUCUUUCGUUCUAAGGCGUGAAUGGGAAGAAAGCAAAUAAUGACAAAAGAUGCUACCACGAAUAUUUUUUCGAUACAACACAGCGAGGUCAUUCUUCAACGGAAUUAUCGCACUGACCUGCUUUCUUCUCACGCUGAUGGCCAUCGCCUUCAGCUGGCGGAGAAACCAUGGUCUCAAAGUCAAGGCACCACUUACCAGCCAGAAUGUAAAACGUCUUCGCUUAGAACACACCAACACCACCAAGAGUAGCGAAAAGAUAAUUUCUAUGCUACAUUUUCCAUCAUAUUACGAACUCAAGAUGGGAGGUAUACACUUCGAGCAUUGCAAAAUCAAAACGUGCACUCUCACGGACAAUCCCGAUCACCUCACCACCAGUGAUGCUGUCAUGUUCUACACCCCUGUCAAACCCAUCACACCUCCGCCGAAGACCCCUGGUCAGAUAUGGGUAUAUUUUGUAGAAGAGAGUCCGUUGCAUUCUAGAACAGAGUUAUUCGGUGGUCCAGAAUGGGAAAAUCUAAUUAACUGGACUAUGACGUAUCGCAAGGACUCCGAUAUCGUGUUUGGUUAUGGUGUGGUGCAUAACAAGACGGAACGGGGACCACAGAAAGACUACUAUGCAAUUGCUAAAGCCAAAACCAAACUGAUAGCUUGGUUUGUUAGUAACUGCAAUACAAAGAGUCAAAGAAUGAAGUAUGUUAAACUUCUUCAGAAGUUUGUACCAGUCGAUGUGUACGGUGACUGUGGGUCGUUGAAAUGUCCUAAAAACAAAGAAAUUGGGUGCAUUGAAAUGUUGAACACAGACUAUAAGUUUUAUCUUUCCUUUGAAAAUUCCCUCUGCCUUGAUUAUGUAACUGAGAAGUUGUAUCGCAUGCUUAAAUAUGACGUCAUUCCCAUCGCCAGAGGCUGGGCGAACUAUUCAAAAUAUUUACCAAACAAAUCUGUGAUCAGUACGUCCGAUUUCUUUACCGUCAGAGAUCUAGCUGAGUUGAUCAAACAUCUCGAUUCCAAUAUGGACGAAUACUUGAAAUAUUUCUCCUGGAAGUCGUCGUACUCGAUAGAGGAACCUCAGGCGAUGCCCCUUUGUGAAAUAUGUGAAAAAGUCCACAAUCCUGAAAAGUGGCAUAACAUUUAUAAGAACGUUGCUGAUUGGUGGAGAACAGGCACGUGUCACGAUCCGACAGAUCUUGUGUCCGAGCUGUAGAUUGGAUAUUUAAUGGAGCAGAAUAAGUGUUAGACCUUGAACUUGGGUAAAUAAAUGUUUUAUGGUG